UGUUGGGCAGCAGGUGGCGCUCAACCCAACGAGUCCGGAGAGGGGAGCUCCGGAGUUACUCAACUCACUUCCAGUAACUUCCCCCGCGCCCCGCAGGCCCUUCCCCGGCCCCACCUCCUGUUCCCCGCCCGAGCCAAGUCCUCUCCGGGUUCCAGAUGUCGCGCUCCAGAUGGCUGGUCCCAGAGCGGGGAACUAUGCCUGGAGAAAGCCUUCCUCCACAGGCAGGAUGUGCUGGCUGCUGCUCUGGGGACUCCUCCAGGCGUGGCCCACGCGGGGCUCUGUGCUGCUGGCCCGGCGGCUACCCCAGCCGCUGACGUCUCCCGGGUACCCCGAGCCCUAUCCCAGAGGCCAGGAGAGCAGCACCCACAUCGCGGCUCCGAGGGGCUUCGCUGUGAGGCUGGUCUUCCAGGACUUCGACCUGGAGCCGUCCCCGGACUGCGGAGGGGACUCGGUCACAGUGAGCAGGGUCGCAGGCAGUGGGGUGCUGAGCCAGCUCUGUGGGCAGCAGGGCUCCCCUCUGAACAGCCCUCCUGGUCAGAGAGAGUUCACGUCCUCCGGGAGGAGUCUGCAGCUGACCUUCCGGGCACGUGCUUCCUCCCAGGACCAGCCCACCCACCUCCACAGGGGCUUCCUGGCUGUCUACCAAGCUGUGGCUCCGAGCUGCGAGCCCCUCAGCGAGGCCGGUGGGGGCUCUGCGGCCACCUCCACACCCGGAGCCACCCCUUCUGAGAUCCAGAGCAGCUGCCGGGAGCCCUACUACCAGGAGGUGUCAGCUGGGGCGCUCUGCUGCCCAGUCCAGGGGAUCUGGAAGGACAGACAGGACAGGCAGGAGGGUCCGCACUGCGUGCCUGCUGUCUCUCCGCCCCCUCUCCCAGUGUGUGGACGGCCGGUCACUCCCAUGGCCCAGCAGCCAGAGACCCUGGGCUCCUCCAGAGCUCCACCGGGCAGCUUCCCCUGGCAGGCCCUCACAGUGGGCCGUGGCCGCGGCGGAGGGGCGCUCCUGGGUGACAGGUGGGUCCUCACGGCGGCCCACACCCUCUACCCCAAGGAUAGCGCCUCUCUCAGGAAGAACCCGCAAGUGGACGUGUUCCUGGGCCACACACAUGUAGAUGAGCUGCUGCGGCAGGGGAGCUACCCCGUGCGCCGGGUGGCCGUGCACCCCGACUACCGCCAGCAUGAGCCCCACAACUUCGACGGCGACAUCGCCCUGCUGGAGCUGGAGCACCGCGUGGCCCUGGGCCCGCAGCUCCUCCCCGUCUGCCUGCCCGACACCGAGACCCUGUACCGCAGUGGCCGCUGGGGCCACGUCAGCGGCUUCGGCGUGGACCUGGGCUGGAUGAGCUCAGAGCUGAAAUGGUCCAGGCUGCCGGUGGCCCCCAGGGAGGCCUGCGAGGCCUGGCUCCGGGACAGGCAGCGCGCAGAGCUGUUUUCCCACAACAUGUUCUGCGUGGGGGAGGAGCUGCAGGCCAGCGGGGUCUGCCAGGGCGACAGUGGCAGUGUCUACGUGGUGUGGGACGGUCGUGCCCGCCGCUGGGUGGCCACGGGCAUCGUGUCCUGGGGCGUCGGGUGCGGCAAGGGCUACGGCUUCUACACCAAAGUGCUCAACUACGUGGGCUGGAUCAAGGGCGUGAUGGGUGGCAAGGGCUGAGCGUGGACACGAGGGCGGGGACCGGCCAGAGCGGCAGACACUGAGUCAAGAGGGCUGGGAGUGAAGAGCAGCCCCUCCAGCCACUGCUGCAGCCAGGCACCUGCCAGGGAGACCCUCCUGCCUCAGCCUAUACCCUCCCAGCGGGGAGCGGCAUGGACGGCCCUGUCCCCUCCCCUCUGCCUUCGAGCCUGUUUGCACCAGGGAAGCCCUGCUCAGCUGAGCAACUGUCACCUGCCAGUCUUUUCCAGACCCAGCUGGGGAACAGACGCCUUCUCACCCCGUUCCGGUGGCGCGUGGAGGAAGUCUGUGGUAUUUUGUGUCUGAAGUGUCCAAAGGGCCUUUAAUUGACCUUCAGAUAUUCGGGCUGCUGGCUCUUCACCUACCUCAAGCCCUUCAUGCAAUGGUAGUCACAGCUGCUGCUUUGUUUUAUGCCUUCACAUGCAGGUUCUUCUCGUGUUGUUCCACUUCCUCCUGCGCGUGUUUGCAGAGGAUGCAUUUUAUCCACGUCUCACAGACGAGGACGCUGCAGCUCGGGGAGACACAGGGACUUGUGACAGUGUCCUCUCUCCUUGCCCUGCAGACACCUCGGCCCCAGUACUGGGCCGGGACUCCCCACAGACUCACCAGUUGGCGC